CGAACGGAUAUAUAUGGGGGAAAAAUUGUUAAGAGAUCUGCAGUAUGAAGGUGAUUCUGAAGAUGGAAUAUUCGUGGAUUGUUGUUAGUCUGAUGAUGUGUCUGGUGGUGACUACGAGUGGCUGUUACCUCCAUGAAAAACAGGACGACGUAGAUCAGAUACACGUGAUUCAUUUGCCAGCGUCAGAAGAAGACAAUUUGUCGGACAGCGAAGAAGAAAUCAUCGAAAUUCACAUUCCAUCAGACGGAGACAGAAAAAAACGUGAAAUUGAUGGUUCGUCUUCCAAGACGAAGAAGAACUGCAAGACAGAUGCAGACUGCCCCGAGGGCUGGAAUUGCGGUGAAAUAUUGAUCUGUCAUUCAACGACAACUUCGGAAAAUGGACUAGUUCAAGCGUCCGGAGACAUUAAUUAGACUGAAAAUGUCCUCGAAGAUGUCCCCCACACAAUUCACUCCUUAAUUAUCUUCAACGUUCGAUGUAUCGAUUUAUAGCUCACAUUGAAUCGCUCUGACGUACCAUGAAUACGACAAUAUCCACUUAAUUAUCAAUCAAUUGAAUAUUGAAUAAUAUAUUCAUCGCAAUUAUCCUAAUUAAAUUAAUUAUUGUACUAAAUAAACGCGCUAAAACGUU